GAGAGAGAGAGACAGACAGACAGACAGACAAAUAUAUAUAGAAGAGAAAUGUUUCUCAGGAGGAAGACUUUUACAUAAUAAGCAACCUCCCCACUCAGAACUGCUCCAUAGGAGAAUUCUGACAGACUAUCAGAACACUGCCCAUCUGUUCCUGGAGCCUUGGGAAAGAGAAACCUCUUGGAUGAAACCAGAAUAAUCUCUUUUCUUGUACCUAGUCAACUUUAAUCAGCAAUAUUCAGGGAACUCUCCGUGGUCUGUCUCCUCAGAGUGCUUCCUGGAUUCCCCAAAGAUGUUGUUGUGGUUUCUUUUUUUCUUCAUUCUAGACCUUCAACACUGUGUUGACAUUCCCAGCUCCCUUAUUUCAAAUGAAAACAAGAUGGCCUCUAUAGCAAAUGAUUUCAAAAACUGGAUCAACAAUAUCACUUUGCUCAUUAGAAAGGUCAAGAAGCCUUAUGGAGGCUCCUUCCAGAUGAUCCCGAGAUCAGAAUGGGGAGCAGUGCCUUCUGACUGCAGUAUCCAGCUGAGGACUCCGGUCCCAUUCCUCAUCAUCCACCACCUCCCUGGGCAGGAGUGUGAGGAGAAAGGCACCUGCCAGCAGAGGGUGAAGGGGCUGCAAGAGCUUCACAUCAAAACAAAUGGCUGGUGUGACGUGGCUUACAACUUCCUGAUUGGUGAUGAUGGCAAUGUGUAUGAAGGCGUAGGCUGGACUACCAGAGGCACUCACACUGUGGGAUAUAACAACAAGUCAUUGGGUUUUGCUUUUGUUGGAAGUAAAGCAGGAAGGUCUCCCAGUGCUGCUUCCCUGGCUGCAGCUGAGAAAUUGACUUCCUUUGCUGUCUCCAAUGGUUACCUCUCACCCAAGUAUAUCCAACCACUAUUUGUUCAGAGUGAAUCCUGUCUGGUCUCCCCUAAGAAUGAGGUGUCCAAGAAAGAAUGCCCUGACAUCAUCUCUCGCUCCUCCUGGGGAUCUCAAGAAACUUACUGUUCUAAGCUGCCUGGGCCAGCUAAGUAUGUCAUCAUUAUCCACACUGCAGGCUCUCCUUGCAAUGUGACAGAAGAAUGCAAGAUAAUGGUUCAAAAUAUCCAGUCCUAUCACAUCGACAAGAUGAAAUUCUGUGACAUAGGUUACAAUUUCCUGAUAGGUGAGGAUGGUAGAGUGUAUGAAGGAGUGGGCUGGGACACCGAGGGAGCGCACACUUAUGGCUACAAUGACAUUGGUCUGGGAAUUGCUUUCAUUGGCUUGUUCACUGAGAUUUCUCCCAAUGAGGCGGCUCUGAAUGCGGCCCAGAACUUGAUCCAGUGUGCAGUGGACAAAGGCUACUUGAUUCCUGACUACCUUUUGGUGGGACAUAGUGAUGUUGUCAACGUUGUCUCUCCAGGACAGGCCCUGUAUGAUAAAAUCAAGAAUUGGCCCCACUUCAAACACUGAGUAUGUCUACUACCAAUUUACUUCUUUACUUUUUACUUCUCCUUGGAUACUGAGACUUGUGGGUCAACAUCUUCUGCUUGGGGAGUAGGAGUGGAGAUGACAAAUCUGAUCCCAUCCUCCCAAAGGUUUCUGGGGGAAAUUUGAUAACAGUCUUCAUAUCAGUUAUUCCCCUACCCUGGGUCAUCCUUAAUGAAAAGUGGGUGACUUCAGAGAGAAAAAGGAGAUGCUGUCCAGAUUCCAAUCUAAGCCUGGAAUCUAGUUCCAGUUCCAUUGAAGGAAAUUGGGAAGGGGGAGUUUUAUUAUUCUUCUGCUUAUACUAAAAUUUUACCUUUACUCAAUAGAAAUUGCUAUUCUUGUCAUGUAUAAUACUUUUUUUCUAUUUUACUUUAUGCAUGGAAAUGCUUGUUUUAUUUAGUAUUUGUUACAUUCAAAAUAAAAAAGUAAUUAUGAACUUGUUGAAUAUUAACAUGUAUACUUUUAUAUGCAAAGAAAAACAGAGAAGACUGUAUAUGAAAUCAUACAGCAGAGGGCAAUUUUAUGAGCAACCUAGAAGCUAGAAAUCACCUUCAAAUUCCCUAAUUUGGCAACAUAUGGACAGGCACAGUAACUAAUAACUAGAAUAGCUUUCAUGCCCCCAUUAAUGGUAAUUUGGUCUGAUUCUAACACGCAGCCACCAUCUUGGUUCAGAGAGUUCUUGGGAAUGAAUUUCUCCUAACUCGUUAAAAACUCAAUUUCUUGAGUUCUUCUUAUUACACUUAGGCUUCUUUGGGCUCCUCCCAUCAAAUUCCAAGAUUUUAGUUUGUGACAACUAUAAUA